GCUGGUGGGUUAACGCAGAGUCCUCCCGCAGACGUCCAUGUGACAGAUCGCCUCUCAUCCAGCCCUCGGGUUCAGGGUUUGCCCCUGCUGGCCAGCGCCAAUCUGAAAUGGGUAUGAGGAGGGGGCGGGAAGGUUAGUUUGAAGAGGGCAGAGCAUUGCGAGAGGAAGCCGAGUCCUCUUCUUAUUUCACCGCUGGAGAGAUUUACAAAAGACAUUUAUAUAUAUAUUUAUAUAUAUAUAUUCCAAAGCCAGUGGACAGUGAGAGCUGAGGGAGGAAUCGGUCGGACCAAUCGUCAGAACCUCAUUAACUCCGAGGAAACCGAGAGAGAGACAGAGAAGAGGGAGAGAAGAGGGAGAGAAGGAAGAACACGCGCCGUAUCCUGCUGCUGCUGCUGCCGGAGUCUCCCAUUCAAACUGAUAUGGCUGGUGCACUUUGGAAACCCAAAUCGCUGGACUCGGGCUUGUGGAUCUUUCUCCUGCUCCUCACCCUCCUUUCUCACGCCAGGGCAGUAGUUGGACACAGAGAGCCGUUGCCUGAUGAUAGUAAAGACAAUAUCACUAUUUUCACCCGAAUCCUAGACAGGCUGUUGGAUGGAUAUGACAACAGGCUACGUCCCGGGCUGGGAGAGAGUGUGACAGAAGUGAGGACAAACAUCUACGUGACGAGCUUUGGGCCAGUGUCAGACACAGACAUGGAGUACACCAUCGAUGUCUUCUUCCGUCAGAGUUGGCGGGACGAGAGGCUUAAGUUUGAUGGGCCCAUGCAAGUUUUGCCCCUAAACAACCUCCUGGCCAGUAAGAUAUGGACUCCGGAUACCUUUUUUCACAAUGGAAAGAAAUCCGUCGCCCACAACAUGACAACUCCCAACAAACUGCUUCGGCUGGUUGACAACGGCACACUCCUCUACACCAUGAGGUUGACCAUUCAUGCCGAGUGCCCCAUGCACCUGGAGGAUUUCCCCAUGGAUGCACAUGCCUGUCCUUUGAAGUUUGGAAGUUAUGCUUACACCAAUAAUGAAGUGAUCUACCUGUGGACCCAGGGCGACGAGAGGUCCGUCGCCGUGGCGGAGGACGGCUCGAGGCUGAACCAGUAUGACUUACUGGGACAUGUUAUUGGCAAAGAGACCAUCAGCUCCAGCACAGGUAGACUAGGAGAAUAUGUAGUGAUGACGACAUAUUUCCAUUUGAAGAGGAAAAUUGGCUAUUUUGUGAUUCAAACCUACCUGCCGUGCAUCAUGACCGUCAUCCUGUCUCAGGUCUCCUUCUGGUUAAACAGAGAAUCGGUUCCUGCUCGCACUGUGUUUGGGGUCACCACCGUCCUAACCAUGACCACCCUGAGCAUCAGUGCUAGAAACUCCCUCCCCAAGGUGGCCUACGCCACGGCCAUGGACUGGUUCAUGGCCGUGUGUUACGCCUUUGUCUUCUCUGCCCUGAUUGAGUUUGCCACCGUCAACUACUUCACCAAGCGCAGCUGGGCAUGGGAUGGGAAAAAGGAGGGCAUGGAAAUAAGGGAACCGUUUCAGGCUAACAUGGCCAGGAUUAACGAUAUGAGGAGAGAAUCGGCGACCUUGUCCAAAAAGGCAAACAACACCUUCAACAUUGUCGGAACCACCUACGCCAUCAACGUAGCCAAAGACCAAGGAUUAACAACCAUUUCCAAAAGUGCCCCUGGAGCAUCAGCCAAACACCAGUAUCUGCAUAGAAUGGAUGACCCCUACACAGAGGCCAAGAAGUCCUACAACCGUGUCAGCAAAGUGGACAAGAUAUCACGCAUCAUUUUCCCAGUUCUGUUCUUCAUCUUCAACUUAGGCUACUGGGCCACGUACGUCAACAGGAAGCCCGCUAUCAUGAAGGCAAACAACCUAAACUGAAUUUCACCCGAUGCUAGGCCUGGUUUGGUUCAGAGUGUAGACAGGUUUGCAGAAGGCCAAGUCCAUUACAUCUUAUUGGGUGUGCGUGUGUGUGUGUGUAUGCGUGUGCGCGCGUCUUUCGUGCGUUGGUUUUUUCUUAAGAGUUUGAUAUUUUGCACGUCUGUAUAGAUGGAAGGCAAAUUUGAACACUAGAUUCCCAUGUAGUAGUGGAGUCGGAGGGAGAACAUCCUCACAUCCAACUGUGUUUGUGUAGUUUCUUUUCUCCCCUCCACACUUAGCUCUGGCCCUGUUCCCUUUUGUGAGUAAUCUUGUGUUCCUUUGCUGUAUCUUGCUUGCCGUUUUGUAGAGUAGUCAAAUUGUGUUUUCACAUGUUUGCGCUUUGCUUGUAAUAAGUUAGAGCAAAGCAUGCGUUGACGUUUCCACUGUAGCUCAUUACCAUGAUAAGGUUUUGACACAUCCAUCAAGUCAACGGCAUGCACGCACGCACACACACACACAGAGGAGCCAUUUGUCGGUCGCUUUACCAUUAAUAAUCUUCCGAGUCUGGCCUUCAGCUUACAUUGAUCGCAACAGACCCAAUGCAGUAUCAUCUGGAAUUGCUUCUGCAUCCCAUGGGGGAUGUACGUUUUUCUAGUCCAGUGGCUUGUAUUGUUUUAACUGGCUGACUGUGUUCAAUGACAAAGAAGCUAUGUGCCUUGUUGAAUACACACAUCAUAUAGGAAAAGGCGUUGACACACUCACAUGCAUAUACAGCGCACACAUGCACCAAGGUCUGUGUGCAUACUACAUGUAAACAUAUACUGGUGUCCACCAGCUCCGUACAAUGCUGUAUGUGGCUGUGCCCCGCCCACCCACAGCCCGUGGGCUUGGGCACCGAGUGUAAAAUUGCUCAUUAGUGUGGAAGGUUAACAGAGCUCUGCCUGUGAAAAGAUGAAGCAAAGAGAUUAAAGGAUCCAGCGUAGUCCAGAACAAUUAUCAUGUGCAUUUAUGUUUUGGCUCCUGGUGUGGUGUCUCAAUGGGCCGAGCAGACAUAACAAACUACCACCAUUACCUCAGACGGAAGUCGAAUUCUGAAUUGCAGUUUAUUUUUUCCAUGGAAAUAACGCAGAGGUUUUAUGAAUUAAAAUCACACCAGACACUUUCUUUAAGUAUACUGUGGGCAGGCACCCUGGUGCCUUUAUUUCUUUGUUUUCUCUUCAGUCACUGUAGCUGUUCAGCUCCAUUAUGAUUUUCUGCAUUUCUGCCUUGUCACCAUAAGAAAGAGAUUGAUUCAUGUUGUACUUCUGCCCUUUUAUACUUGAUUGUGUAAGUAUAUUGGUGUUGAUUUGGUUGUCUACAUACAGUAUGCUGUACUGUUUGUGUUUUGUAGUAGACAACAAAAGGCCAAUAUGUCAGUCAUUCAGUAUUUCUAAACAAAUGUUGGAGAUAUUUCAUCAUCACCGGAGAUUAAUGCCUAGUUUCGGUUGCAAAAAAAUUAUGAACUAAAUUGAAUUGUUGUGAUCACACUGAAUAGCAAACCAGUCAAGCAGAUUCUUCGUUUCAAAUUUUUUCAAAAGUCAGAAUUGUAUCCAGAGGUGGCAACUGUCUCCAACUUUUGUUUGAAUUUUUGUUGAGUGUUGAAUUUGUGUGUUUAUACAAAUGUUAAAUGAAUAUAAAGCAAUUUCUGUUGCUUUUUUUGCUGGAUGCACUCUGGAUAUGUUUGCAUCAUCUCUAAUUAUGGACACUUAGACUGUACUUAAAACCCAGACGUGCAGUGGAACUCAUCAAAGUGUAUCUUCAGUGGUAAGCUUAGGAGAAUGAGUGAACUGUGUUCUGUGCACAAACCAUGCACAAUGUAUCAGUCAUAGGUUAAUGCAUGACAAUCUGUACACGUGUCUGUCUGCAACCUCCAAUAAUGACAUCUGUCACACUGAAAUAGGGCUUAGUAUCAAUGUUUCUGCAGUUCAUCCCAGUUGCUCAUGAAUUAUCUACGCAACCUCAGCAUCUUCUCCAUAAACGCACUUGAACUUCAAUUAUUUGUGCACAUUGAUGUGAUGCAAAUCAUUUACAGAUGGCUCUGAAAGUGUUUUUUCCCCCUCAUAGUGCAUAGAUUAUAGAUCUAAGUCUAUAUACCAACACACAAAUCAGGUUAUACAUCCAUCUCUGUCAAACCUAGAAAUACAAGAUGAGGAAAAGAAGCCAGUUUGCAUCCAAGUAUGGAGAUGCAUGACCACACAAACUACAGUUUAGUUCCCACCUUGAUGGCUUUUCAAACUAAUAGUUCAAUAGUACCAAUUCAAGUUAGAUUUAACAAAAUGAAGGGUUGUUAUUCUUUAUCUUGUUCAUAUAGAUUAUGAACAACAGAUCAGACACUUGCCAAACUUGUCAAAAGUCUUCAUCCUACAUGUGGACCAUAGCGAUCCAGAGACUUGGAACAUUAAUGAAUAUCUCCUGGAAAACCAUUUUAUAUACCCAAACAAAACACAUUUUUUAGACAAUAGAUAAAUCAUGUUAAUUUAAAACUCAUUUUAUAUUCAUGUCAAAUGUAUAAUUUAAAAUCAAUGUGUCAAUGUUGAAAAGCAAUAUAAAAUAUUUCCACACAUUACUCCUGACCAUGGGGAAAUGGAGACCAGUCAUCAUCAGCUGACACGGGAUCCCUUUUUGAAUUCAUGAAUUGAUACCGUGAGACUGAUUCAUGAUACACAUCUGCUGUGGGUGUUCAAAGCCUGCUGGCUGCUGCUAAUUCAGGAUCUGAUGACACGCAGUGCUAAUGUUUAUGUAUGAGUUCUCUGAGUAAUGUGAUCGUGGUACUUUGGUUAAGUAGAUUGAAGCAGCAGCCGCUGAGUAUUGGAUGUGGAUUUUGUGGAUUUUUGAAAUAAAUUGCCUCAGAGACGGUCAUAAGCAUCACCAAUACGCAGAAUCACCUUUGGCCAGUUGACACGACCAGUAUCUUGAAUUAAGUGGGAACCAAAGACGCAUUCACAAUAUCAUCCGUGUUCAAACUGCUGCUACUGAAUGGGAUUUCAUUCUGUUCACACAAAAAAACACAUUUAUAAAAUUAUAGAUUUUAAAAUGUCAAAAUAGUCAUUUUAAUAGAGCUAUGUCCCCCAUAGAAGUAAUAGGAAUUAUAUACAUCAAAAAACGUAAGGCAUUUCUUCAAUAUCUUAUCAUCUGAAAUAGUUUAUCAGGAGAUUCAUUUAGAUUUUGGUGUACUCCAUCUGUGAUGUGACACUUGAAUGUCUAUUAAAUUCACUCAUCAUACUGUGUGUUAACUUAUUUCUGUAUGUGUUGCCGAGUAAAGUAUUCAGGAUUACAUUUUAACUUGUGUUGAAGGGUAGCAAAAAGAGGAGGGGGGGACUUUCAACGCCACAAAACCACAACCUCCGCAGCUGAACUACAGUAGAAUCUCUGUCAUCCAACCUGCUCAGACUCAAUAGCCAUAGCAAAGAAAAGAAUUUACAAAAUAAGAGAUGACUGAUCUUUAAAAAAAGAUUUCUCAUAAUAAAAAUGUAUAAUUUUAAUUUGUAUGCAUGUACACGUGGCAUAUGAAGACAAAAGUAUGUGGUUACUUUUUCUUCCAACCACCUUCCUCCCUGAGGGGUUUUGGUAAACAGAGCUCUACUGUAUCAUCGCCCUGUAGGUUUGGUUGGGAUUGUAUUAUUCAUGUGAUACUUUCCUCACAGGGCCAGAGUUAACUUUAACAGAAACAUGUCAUCCUAUAAGAUACAGUAUAUUAAGAGUAUAUUACUAUAUGAAUACAUUUAUGCUAUUCAGUAAAGUAUUAAAUAUUAUAUGUUUUAUACGACAUAACCUCUUCAGCAUUGAUGCAAACCUCUCGUUGGUAGAAAGCCGUAGGCAAUUAGAUACGCUGAACAAAUUAUUAAACUAAGUGGCAACAAACUGAGAAGUGUUACCAAGUUGUGAAUUUGUAGAUAUAGUGAGAUCAAUUCAAAUAGUUUUUGUGAAUAUUGAUAUGUCACGUCAUUUAUUUUUACAUCUGGUAGGUACUGCUAUCUUGUGCUCUGUAACACUACGUGUUAUGGCAUUUAAAAGACGUACACUAGAGGUAAUAUUCACCAAGCUACUUGCAAGAUCAGUACCCUGUGUGCACUUUUCAAACCUAACUGUGAACUAGCAGCUGUCUGCAAACAGAGUUGGACACACCGUGUUCCCUCUGCUGUGAUUCCACUGCAUGUCCCUACGCAUUGAGAUCUCAUAGACUAUCUACACAAAGACAGCUCCAGGAAACGAGGGUUGGACUGUUUUUGUUCGGAGAUUGUUCUCUGUAUGCUCAGUGACUGGACUCUGUAUGUUGCCCUUUCUCGUUCAUGUGCUUACUGUAUGAGAUGUAGCAAAUUGAAAUGGGGAUUAAAAGGACGUUGCAUUUUA